AACAUUAUCAUUAGACAUCCACAAAUAACAAAUUCCAAAACCCACCAAAAUAGAUAAGAAAAUUCAUCCACCCAAAUCAACUCCAAACAAACGCCAUGAACGCCACCAAAUUCCUCCACACUCACCUCUUACAAUCACCAUUAUCAACACCCCUUUUCAAAACCUCACCACCAUCCCAACCCCACUUUCCAAGAUCAUUCCCAACUCUCUCUCCUAUCCGCAGCAGCAGCAGCGGCGGCGGAAAUGGACAAAGCCGCAACGACAGCGAAAGCCGCCUACAAUCACCGCCUAAAACGGUGGAGAUAAAGUUCCGAAGAGGGUCUAGAAAGAGGCGAAAACAAGAAGAAGACGAAAACUCCGGCGAAGGAACAGUGAAGAAGGUGGCAACACCUAAGAAAAGCUGGGAAGAAAUGAGUAUGUCUGAGAAGGCGAUUGAAUUGUAUGUGGGUGAAAAGGGAUUCUUAUUCUGGGUUAAUAAAUUUGCGUAUGCUUCAAUUUUUAUAAUUAUUGGUGGGUGGAUUUUGUUUAGGUUUGUUGGUCCGUCGUUUAAUCUCUAUCAAUUGGAUACGCCUCUUCUAUCUCCUGAAGCUGUGCUCAAGGGUUAAUUAGUGGUUAAUUAAGAUCAAUUAAUAGAGGUUAUUAUGAGAAAUGUUAUUAUAAAUGGUAUAAUUAAUUAUUGUUCUAUCUA